AUGGACAAUUCAAGUGCAUAUUUAGUGAAUUUUAAAGGCUUUAAUUUUGAAUCCACACUCAUUGACUUGGAGUUCUUAGAAAAGUUAGAUGAUUUUAAAAUCAGAGAUGAUGAUGUCUUCAUAGUCACAUAUCCUAAAUCUGGAACCAUCUGGACUCAGCAGAUACUAAGCUUGAUUUAUUUUGAAGGGCAUCGUAAAAGAACUGAAAAUGUGGACACACUUGAUAGAGUGCCCUUUUUGGAAUACAACAUCCGCCAUAUGGACUUUGAGAAAAGACCGGCCCCUCGUCUAUUUGCUUCACAUCUGCCAUAUUAUUUAGUACCCAAAGGUCUCAAGAAGAAAAAAGCUAAAAUUAUUUAUGUCUACAGAAAUCCUAAGGAUGUUUUAAUUUCACUUUUCCAUUUUUCAAAUUUGGUGGUUAGAUUAGAAGCUGUGGAUACUUUAGAACAACUCAUGGAAAAAUUCCUAGAAGGAAAUGUUCUAGCAAAUCGUUGGUUUGAUCACAUCAGAGACUGGUAUAAACACAAGGAUGACUUCAAUAUUCUGUUCAUAAUGUAUGAAGAGAUGAAGAAGGAUCUCAGAAGUUCAGUGGUGAAAAUCAGCAGUUUUCUUGAGAAAGAACUCAGUGAAGAGGAUGUGGAUGCUAUUGUGAGACAGGCUACAUUUGAAAACAUGAAAUCUAGUCCACAAGCAAAUUAUGAUAGUAUUCUACAAAAUGAAAUUGGCGUACGAAAUGAUGGAACUUUCUUGCGUAAAGGUACUGUUGGGGAUUGGAAACAUCACUUUACUGUGGAUCAGAAUGAAAGAUUCGACAGGGUAUUCAGAGAAGAGAUGAAAGAUUUUCCCUUGAAAUUCAUCUGGGAUCUAAAUGAAAAGUAA